CAUUCACCGGAAAAGCUGCAUCGAAUCCACAGUCCGGCCCUCCUCCCCAAAAAUGUAAACGGUCCUGAAAACUAAAACUGUGUGGUUUAAAUCUUGCCCAAAACCACUCGCCCAGUCUCUCUUCUCGAUUUGGUCUCUGUUCAACACUACCAGAGCAAACCUCUCCACCCUGACAACCGGAAGGUAAGAGUAAGGUAGGUAUUGGUGGAAACCCAAACAUCAUCCUGGGACUUCCUCUCUUAUUUCGACACCAAGAAUUCAAGAUGGAUUUCACGCGCUCCGACAGUGAUGGCGCGUCUCAAAGUCGAAAGAGGAAGAGGGUCGACGAAGUCGUCACGGAUGGAGGUCAUCGCCGAACUGUUUCUUCUCAGCGCCCUCCUCCUAACUAUAGCCCUCUACAACCCAUUUCUUCCAGCAAUGGCCCUCCCUUAAGCAACAACACUUUUCUAGAUCAGCCUCUUCACCAACCUCAAAAGGCCUCGACGAGGCAUCAGGACAUCCUGCGUCCUACAGGUACCUCUAGUAAUCAUCUUCGGACUGGCAUGUACUCUCCACGUCCCCAUGACCAAAUUCAUCGGCUACAAAGACCCGUUGCAUUUUCUGAGGGUUCCACUAAUGGCGACAACUUUCCUUUAAACUUCCCUGGCCGCCAACGCCAAAAUGCUUCGACGCUUUAUCAGGACAUUGUCGUUCCUAGUAACCAACCCCAGAGUCGGAUUCCCUCUCUCAGCCUCCAUGACCACAGUUACCCGCCAUCAACCCCAGCUACACGUUCACCUGGUUCCCUCCAACGCGAGGGCUCUGCCUUGGAUUGGUCUCUACGUCAUCCUCGCCAAUCUGUCGCGUCGCAUAUGAAUACUGCUAUCCUCCGUCAGGGGAACAAGUCUGAGAGUAGUGCUCAUCCCACCAGUGAUAUCGGUCUCAGUUACAGCUAUGUGUCACAAGAACCCGACACAGACACAUUCAACAACGGUUCUUACGUUGGCGACAACACCCAUCUGGAUUGGCCUCUUCAUGAACCUCACCAAACUCAUGCACCGCAAUCAGCUCUACCCCAUUCUGGCAACAAUCUUCCGUGGGAUAUGCCUUUUUACCAAGGUCAGGAAUACAAGCAACAACAGGACCACCAGCUUAAGGCCUACUCACCUCUUCAUGAUACAAAUCAGCCAAAUCAACAGCAUCCGGUCCUGGACCCUGCCCCCCAGAGAAAUAUGCUACAGGUUCGCGACGAGGCCUCUCACGAUCUCGAGUUCGACAACUUGCCUUUGCUGGGGGACAACGCCCAAUAUUUUCCGUCUGGCUCGCCUGGUAACAUGUGGAACAUGUCAAUGACACCGGAGGAUUUGCCUCCCAGAAACGACUUUCUGUCUCCCAGCCAACCUCUAUCGUCAAACUACCAGUUCGGCCACGACAACUGGGCAGAGUUCAUGGGUGUGGAGAUGGAGAAUGCAAUCAUUCACAAUGAUCCCGGAUUCGCGAAUAAUUGGGUCAUCCCAGAGAGGCUGCGCUUUCAAGGUGUCAAUGUGCAGGCAGCUGGAGACAAUGCCCAAGUUCAGGAAAAUCCAGCCCAUGUGCCCCGACAGGCUACGGAUUCUUUGCAAAACAACAUUCCCAUCUCAAACCAUUCGGAGCAUCCAAUGAAUUCCAACGGCUAUUCCUGGCAAUUUUCACGUCCAUCACCAAUGCCUCAGAAGAGCCAGGCUCAGCAGACACAGUCAUAUCAGAUACAGUCCCAUCCGAUCCAGCCUCAAGAGAGUCAGACAUAUCAGAUCCAGUCCCAACCGAACCAGCCUCAACAGAGCCAGCCAUAUCAGAUCCAGCCCCAGCAGAACCACUCACAUCAGAUCCAGCCUGAGCAAGUCCAGCCUGAGCAAAUCCAGCCGGCCCAGAUCGAGCCUGAGCAAGUAGCCGCGGCUGCAACCCCUCAACCCGCGCCCAUCCCUGCCGCUGCUCAGGGUCCGCAAGUUAAACUGUGCAAGGAGCCAGGCUGCAAUCGGCCGAGACUGUUCCAGACAUCGAGGGCGAGAAAGUGCAGAGAGCACUUGGAGAACUCGCUGCCAGAGUCUCGCUUAGACCAGGGCGCCACAGCCGGCCAAAACAUGUGCAGCGGCUGUAACGGGCUUCGCCCUCGCCGUGCUCCCGGAAAGACCUGCUGGGAGUGUUUCUGCAAGGGAACACGCCAACGAUGGGGGGUCUGCGAUGGGUGUCCAGCUGUCUGGUGCCCUAAUCGGGUUGUUGAGGAGGCCUGA